AUGGGAGGCGUGGUGAUUGCAGUCUAUACUCCGGUUGUUUUUAUGCUCCUGUUGUUGGCUCUCGCCAUCGUAGACCCUUUUUACAAAUGGCGGAAUGAGAAGUUCGAUACUUUAAAUUCUUUGACUCGUCUUGCACAUGAAGCGGAACUACCCACCUGGAGUACGUUACAUAUACGUCAUGAACAACGCUUUUAA